AUGACAGAGUUGCACCAGGCAACGGCAGCAGGAGACUUCGAUAAAGUUGAGGAGAUUCUGAGGCAAAAUAAAUGCGACCCGAAUCAGAGAGACGUCGACUGGAGCUUCAAGACGCCUCUUCACUGGGCAGCAGCCAAAGGGGACACAGAAACAGUCCGGAUCCUCAUUGAGCAUGGAGCGAGGCCGUGUUUGAGGACCGAGCAUGGAUGGACGGCUGCACACUUUGCUGCAGAGUCCGGCCGGUUAGCUGUGUUAUGGCUGCUGCACAUGCUCCAUGCACCUAUAGACAAGGAGGAUUUCUGUGGUGAUAAACCAGUGCGGAUAGCUGAACUGUACGGACACCAGGACUGUGUUGCUUUCCUCAAAAAGGCAGAAAUCGAGUGUCAGGCGUACCGCAACAUGGCUGCACAAAAAGGGAUUUCAGUGGAUGACACAGAUGAAGAGUGGGCUGAACAAGGCAAAGAAAAUGAGGAAAACAGGAUCUCUCAAACAGCGCUGAAAUGUAGGCAUAACUACAGCUCACAUGAUAAACCAUCACAUCUUUUCACAUCUUAAAGUUAUUUUAAACGUGAUAUACAGUAUUG